UAAAGCUCACGCAGGUGACUUUACAAACCGCUGUACGGAUUGCUCCGCUCGAGAAGAGGGAUUCAGUCCAGAAAAUUGCAUUCCUACAACGUCGUUGGGUUUAUUUGCAUCUCUUUGAAAAGUUCUCUCUGCUGUCGUUCGUUCCAUCACUAUUAAACCAGACCUGUUUACACGACUGACUGGAUUAAAGUAAUCAACAUCAGGAAUGCUGCCGUGUUUUCUCUGGUUGUGGAUCGUUCUGCGGGGUGCAGACUCCUUUUCGGUCAGAGUCCCUCCCGGUCCUGUGGUCGUGGCCCGUGGAGCAACGGCUCUUCUUUCCUGUGAAUUCGAGCCAGACUUAAAUCUCUCUAAUCUGGUGGUCAACUGGCAACGGCAAGAAGAUGAUCGAGUGGUUCACAGCUUCUACUACGGGAAGGACCAGUUCGAUCGACAAAGCUCAGAUUAUAUUAAUCGAACACAGUUAAAUCACAAUGAACUUGCCAAAGGAAAUGCAUCUCUGAGUAUAGCCAAUUUUGGACUGAAAGAUGCAGGGAAAUACAAGUGCAUAGUGAGCAAUGGCAAGGGAACUGGCAAUGGAGAGCUACAGCUGGUCUACGCAGCUUUCUUUUCCGAGCCGAGGUUAAGCAUCCAUCUCAAAUCCUCCAAUGUGACGGUCCAGUACGAGAUGGAGGGCUACCCGAUGCCAGAGAUCCUGUGGCAGGGGUCGGGGGGUCAGAAUCUCACUGACCAUCAGGACGAGGUGUUGUCUGCAUCAGAUGAAGGGCUGUACUACUUAAAAAGCAGCUACGUAACCCAGAAUUCAGCGUUCAAUGUCACGUUUACUCUAAUAAACCCGCAGCAGGAGCUACACAGACAUGUUAUCCUCAGCUAUGAUGAGAACAUGAACUCUGGAACGUCUGUGGUGGUUCUGUCUAUAUUGUGUUGUCUCCUCCUGUGUUCAACAAGCUUUCUGUUAUGGUUAUACUGCCGUGCCAAACAGAAAUGACAUGUUACUGGACGCAUCAUUCCUAUGAAUAGCUUGGAAGUUAUAUUCUGUGCUGAGCACUAACUGUUACCAAUGUGGGCUUUUAUUAUUUUAUUUAAAAUAAACCAUAUUUGGUAGAGAAGAACAAGAAACCUUUAAAGUUGAAGUGUGUGAUUUUUUUUUUUUUUCUUUGCAAUUGGAAUCCAUUAGUUUAGCUUGCACUCCCACAUUCUUCACAAGUGACUUUGAAGUACAACCUGAAAAAGGGGUCAUUUCAGGCUUUUUAGCUUUUAUAAAAAGAAUCAAGAAUAUUCUAAAAAAAAAAAAAAUAUAUUAUACUUUGCAGAAUUCACGGCUGCAUUUAAAAUGUCCGUUAAUGGAAAAAGGUGUCUAAAGUAAUGCAAUUACAUUAUGUAGCAAUAAUGAACUCUAGCUCAACCCAUUGCAUGAGUUUGAGCCCCAGAAAUGACACACUUCAGCUUUAAGACUUGUAUAUUUAAAAACAUUGACUUUACAAAUGUUUGUUUCUGUAUAUUGAUGGCAAAUCAAGUCAUUGUAGCUGCUGAUGUCAAAUGGUUUUACACACAUCACUGGAGAGGUUUACUUUCACCGUAGCAUUAAAAUGAACAGAAUAUAAUGAGAUUGAGAUGUAUUUUAUUUUUCAUUCAUUGUAGCUGCUGAUGUCAAAAGGUUUCACACACACAUCACUGAAGAGGUUUACUUUCAUCAUAGCAUUAAAAUGAACAGAAUAUGAGAUUGAAAAUGAGAUGUAUUUUAUUUUUCAAACUUUAGUACAAAAAUAAGCUUGAUUAGGCUUAGCCUUGAUGUUUAAGUCAUUUUAAAUGACAGUGUUUAUUUUGGGUCAUGUUUGUGUUUUCACAAAAUGAAAGAUAAUGAUUUUUUAAAUAUCAUUAUUAAUCAUGAAAAUCAGUCAAAAAUAUAGUAUUUCAGUAAUGUAAUCCACAGUUUACAGAAACGACAUCCCUCACAUGUCCAUUCCAACUAAGGCAAUCUCUUUAAAUCAUGUCAUUAAAAAGAGGUUUUGAAUCCGUUGUAAAUUUAAAUAUCGAUGAUGACGAAGAUUUCUGGCUUUUCUGUAUCAUGUACUUGCAUAGCAGAGUAGGUGAUUGCUUUCACUUCUGUACCCUGUGAAACAAGAAAAUAAAAGCAUUAAAAUCUU